AUGAGCCCCAACGUUACCAAACGCACUACGCUCCCCUCCCGUCCGACGUCUCCGUCUAAGACGAAGGGCCCCUCCCGCCCGACGACCCCGCCCACGACGAAGGGACCCACCCAGCCCAACCUACCGCCGAGCGUACCCAACGCCUACGGACAAGGCACUAUAACCCCGUCGAACGGUAACCCGUGGAACAGUGGAAGGCGUUCCCCCGGCCAACCGGGAUCGCCGACGUUCGCGGAAGUCACGACAAACAAAAAGUCGACGCGCCUCCAGGACAUCACCGAUGCCCUCGCGUCGGUGAACGAACCGUCUGUCACCCCGGAGGCAGCAGACACCCCCAUCCUAACGGAAACCCCCUCCCUCCAAGGCCAGUUAACCACUCAGCCGGCGACAGAGAAUCCCGCCACCCAGUCCCCAGUGAACAAGCCUCAGACCAAGAAGAAUAAGAGAGCCACAAGGACCACCGUCACCCUCAUCGGUCUCGGCCUACCCUCCCGCCCUAUCACCCCAGGAAGAGGUACCUCGCCCUCCGCGGACGAAACCCUUCGUACCACGAGUAACCAGCGCAAGAGACGUCGCACCACCGGCCAGACCGACGACAGCGGAGAAUCAUCUCACCCGCAGCCCACGUUGAGGGCCCAGGACUCUCCGAACCCUUCACCGGAGGGGGAGACCUCACCCGCAGACGACCUCCAGCUGACCCCUGUUAGAGUUCGUGGGCCUGGAACCCUAGACUCGGGGGCCGGGCUGCCUGUGAACUCGACGCUUGGUGGUCGCGGCGCGACCGGGAAGGUGUCGUAG